UUUGACGCGCCGUGUCGGCCAUAUUAGGGUGUAGUCGCGACGUCUAAACGAUUUUUGGUGGAUCAUCUUGCAUUUUUAAAAAAAUUUAAAUCCCGUUUUUGACUGAAUUAGAAAUAAGUUAAAACAAUCGAUCCAAUGUCGGAUUGCGAUUCAAACGACUGCGUAAACGACUCUUCGUUCGAUUGCGAAGGCAUUGUCGAUAAUGGCGACGUGAAAAUUAAUUCGGAAGAAAUUGUCCAAUGUAUUGAUAUGUCGGAAGUUUAUGCGUUGCAAGGUACGGAAGAUCAAUUUUUUGCCAAGAUAGAAGCGAGCCCCGACACGAAGCGUAAAGAUACUCAACACUGGUGGAGCACCGAAGAAUCUCUAAAACUUAUUGAAAUUGUGCAGCAAUUUAAGGAAGAGCUAGAAAACGCGAGGAAUCGGCGUUCUGUGUGGCUUAAAAUACACGAAGCCGUCGUCAAUCACGGAAUUAACGUAGCUUUAGUAGAUUGCCAGAAUAAGUGGAAGAAUUUGAUUAGAUCAUAUAAAGAGUGUUGCAAAAUCAAAAAUCCCGGUCGAAUGAAGUUUAAGUAUUUCAGUGAAAUGAGGGACUACUUCGGCCCGGAAAGUAUUGUUUCAAUGGACCACGAUUAUGAUGAUAAUGGAGUCUCCUUGUAUAAUAUAACAAACGGCAAUAGUAAGUCUAUUGGCUCUUCCCUGGGGUGCAAUGCUACUAUAACAUUUCCGCCCAUCUGUUUCACCGACCGCCAAUUUAUCGAAUACACAAAAAUGAAAAGGGAGGAAUACGCCCGAAGGCAACGAAGACACGACGAAGAGCUGAAAAUUAAAAAAGAGCUACUUGAAGUGCAGAAAAAACAAUUGGAGGUGUUUAAGAAGAGAGCCAUGGCAAAUCCACAGAACCGAAACAUAAAUUUUGGUUAGUUGCAGAUUUCCCUUGUCGCUGGCCAGACGAAGCCACUUCUAAGUUAAUAUCAAUAAUAACAACAAGAAAACACGAAUUGGCGGAUAAAGAUCAUAGCAAGAAGCCUGACUUGUGGCGUCAAAUUCGACAAGAACUGGUCCAAGACGGCCACGAAGUGACGGUCAAGGAGUGCAAAAUGAAAUGGCGAAACUUAAUCAGAACUUAUAACUUGAGGUGCCGUAAUCAAAGGCAGAAGGGAUUUAAAUUUAAGUUUUUUGAAGAAAUGCAGUCGUUUUUUGAACAGACUGAACCGCUUGGACUUGAUCCCGUUGUAUUUCACAUAUAUCCACUAAAUUAGGAUUAAAAAAAAAUACAUUUCUUCGUUGAAUUUUAUAUAUCCUGUCUUAAAAUAAAUUCGUUUCUCUCAACUAUCGUUUUGUGUGUCACUAGCCAGGGGUAGUUAAAAGAAGAAUUUGGCGUCUGUCAGUUUUGGUUUAUUAACCUGUGUUCUGCUGGUUCCUAUCUGUCAUUUGGAAGUUUUUGUUGUAUGUGUUGCCGCAAUAAAUUGUUUCCUUUAUGUAGGACUGAUAAAUUACCGAUAUCAAUACGAAAUAGCUUUGGUAUGACGUGAGUUUAAGAACAAUAACGCACGCGAGAAUAUAAAGGUUUUCGAAAAUUGACUUGAUUUCUACCAACAAUGAAAAUAAGGAAUAUUAUAACCAGCUUCCGAAGUAGAAGAGUUCGGAGACUGACCCAGUCUGACUCUGUGUCCUUUGAAGCGUUUUGUAAUGAAAGCCCUUCAGACAGCAGGCGCUCACAAACCAAAGAAUCUUCUCUAAAUACCUUUGAUAUCUCUCCAAUCAAAGGAAAGAAUCUCGGCUACGAUAAGUUCGCUAGACAAGAAGAAUUCACUACCUCCCGUCCAAGUUUGUCAACAAUCCUACUGUUCAUUGUAUUGUCGGCUGUAUUUCUGAUCCUUCCAAUAAUCUACCUAUUGAACUGUUUUGAUAUUAUUUACGAACACCAGAAUUUGAAGCACAACCCUAUUGUGAAAGAAGCAGACCACUAUGAACCGGGCUUGGCAGUCCACGAUUCGCUGGACUUUGGAGAAAAAAAAAUUAAAUCGCUACCGAACCCGCCCGCUCCCGAUUACGACCAAUGCAAGUUGGUCAGCGACGAUGUCAGAUUGGACUGUUACCCCGAGAACGGGGCAAAUGCGGAAGGGUGCGAAGCUAGAGGAUGUUGCUGGAUCCCGGCCAAAACCAAACCUAGAAAUUUCGAGACAAGUCUAAACGUACCGUACUGCUUUUACCCGCCGAAUUACGAGAGCUACAAGUACAUCAACGUGACCGAAACCGCGUUCGGUCUCGUCGCUUUUUUGAAAAGAACCUACAGGACCGCGUACCCGGACGACGUGGAAACUCUCAAAAUGAUCGUCAAAUACGAAACGGACGACCGGUUACACGUCAAGUUUGUGGAUCCCUAUAAUUUCCGAUACGAGCCCGCUUACCCGGAGAUGCCGAUAGUGGACAGCGCUGCCAUCAACUUAAAAUACGUCUUCGAGAUGGACAUUUUUCGGCCCGGUUUCAAGGUCGUCAGGAAAGCGGACAACACCACCGUUUUCGACUCGAACAAUUUUUUGAACUUCAUCUACGCGAAACAGUUUUUGCAAAUAAGCGCGAAACUGCCGUCGAAAAAUAUUUAUGGCUUGGGCGAGCACACUUCGAACCUGCUGCUUUCCACCCGGUGGACCCGGUACACCCUGUUUAACCACGACAACCCGCCGACGGUUGACACGAAUCUGUACGGCACCCACCCGUUUUACCUGGUAAUGGAGAAUACCAGUAAGAGUCACGGCGUUUUUCUCUUCAAUAGCAACGCGAUGGACGUUAUCCUUCAACCCGCGCCUGCGGUAACCUUCAGAACGAUCGGCGGUGUUUUGGAUUUUUACUUCUUCAUGGGACCGACGCCGGCGGACGUCGUCGCCCAAUACGCGACCCUGGUGGGUAAGCCCUACAUGCCGCCCUAUUGGGCGUUGGGCUUUCACCUCUGCAGGUUCGGUUACAAAACGCUUGAUCGCACCAAGGAGGUUAUGGAGAGGAACAUCAACGCCGGCAUCCCGUUGGACACCCAGUGGAACGACCUGGACUACAUGAACAACAGCAACGGCUUUACGUACGACGGGCAAAAUUUCGCGGGGUUGCCGCAUUUCGUCGACGAACUUCACGCCCGCGGAAUGCACUAUACUAUUCUCAUUGACCCGGGCGUGAGCGGUAGCGAGGCGGCGGGCUCGUACCCACCCUACGACGAAGGUGUUAAAAUGGACAUCUUCGUGAAAAACAGCACGGGACAGAUAUUCGUCGGCAAAGUGUGGAACACGCGGUCCACGGUGUGGCCGGACUUUACGCACCCGAACACGGUCGACUAUUGGACGCUCCUGAUCAAGGACUUUCACAAGCAGGUGCCGUUCGACGGCGCCUGGAUCGACAUGAACGAGCCUUCGAACUUUCUGAACGGGGCGGUGACCGGGUGUCCCAAGUCCACCCUCGAGAGUCCGCCGUACGUACCGGCCGUCGACGGCGGCGCGUUGAACUACAAAACGAUGUGCAUGAGCGCGAAGCACUACGCGGGCCUGCACUACGACGUCCACAACUUGUUCGGGUACACCGAGGCCAUUAUUACCCACUUCGCGAUGGCCGAGGUGAGGGGCAAGCGACCAUUGAUCAUAUCGCGGUCGACGUUCUCGGGACACGGACACUACGCCGGUCAUUGGAGCGGCGACGUCUACUCGACGUGGGUCGCGAUGCGUCAGAGCGUACCACAUCUGCUUAGCUUCAGUUUGUUCGGUGUCCCGUUGAUGGGCGCGGACAUUUGCGGCUUCAACGGCAACACCACCGAGUCCCUGUGCAACAGGUGGCACCAGCUGGGCGCUUUCUAUCCAUUCUCGAGGAACCACAACACCGAUGACGGAAUCGACCAAGACCCGGUGGCGAUGGGCGAAACGGUCGUAGACUCCACCAGACAAGCCCUUACCGUACGUUACUCGCUCCUCCCUUAUUUGUACACCCUAUUUUAUAACGCUCACACAUCAGGCGAUACCGUGGCCAGGCCUCUCUUCUUCGAAUUUCCACAAGACAACAAAACCUACGGCAUCGACACGCAGUUCCUUUGGGGUCCCGCGCUCAUGAUCGCUCCCGUAUUAGAGGACGACGCUACAUCGGUGUCCGUUUACUUGCCGGAGGCCACGUGGUACGACUUUUACACAAAAUCGGCCAUCAGUAGUAAGGGCGAUUACUACAACUUGUCCGCCCCCGCUACUACGAUCCCGGUACUUGUCAGAGGCGGCUACGUUUUACCGCAGCAGGGCGUCAAACAGACCACCACGGCUUCUAGGUUGACUAAUGUGGAACUGCUGGUGGCACUGGACGAGGAGGGUCAGGCCUACGGGGAGUUGUUUUGGGACGACGGCGACUCUUUGAAUACCAUAGAAGAGCAGCAUUAUUCUCUGAUCAAGUUCGGUUUGGAAAACGACGUUCUGCGCAGCGAAAUUUUGCAGUACGCGCAGGGCCCACCAAAUUUGGGACUGGUGACGGUUUUAGGGCUGCGACGGUCGGUCUCUGAGGUCGUGGUUAACAAUGUGACCCACCCGUUUCGAUUUGAUACCGUCCACAAGUAUCUGGUCAUUGACGAUUUGGACGUUUCUCUCGAGAGUCCGCUAGCAGUAUCGUGGAAGUAAAAUACAAUUUUUUUUUUUGCGCCCUACGUUACCCAAAGAUUUAGGUUAGGAAACAUUCCCGAUGUUUGUCGUUCUGGUUUCUAAUGCUUGAACGCGUGACUAUCGGAAAACGGAUACUUCUGGUGUCGUGGUCUUGUAUUCCCUCCCUUGUAUUCCGUAAGUUGCAUGAUAACUCCCUGAUAAAAUUACUCCGCCAGUUGACCUUACAAUGAGAUGUCCCAAAUGUCCUGUGAUAUUUUUUAAACCUCCGAUGAUUUCAGGGUGUUGACUGUGUAAACGUUAGUUUUGCAAACCGAUAGGUAAGUGUCACUUUCAAUGUUCAAUGUUCAACGUUAUUUUGUGCCGGGUGGUCAGUUUAUUAUGAGAUGCCUUCGUAUCGCAGAACAAGGUUUGUGUAUUUUCCCGUAACAACAAAUUUGUUUUAAAUAGAACAGCCUAUAUAUUAACGCAUUUUCGAAUCCCUCGGAAAAUUCUCGGUGUAUUUCAUAUAUAAUAUCGAUAAUUUCGAUUUCUCCGACUGAAAGUGUUUGGAUAUAUUAUUUAUUUAUUUACGGUUUAACCAUAUUGCAAAAUUUUUAAAGGCAGAGAUAAAUGCAGCAGUAUAAUAGCUAGCAAACAGGAAUAAAAUGCAAUAAUAAAAAUAAAUAUAAUUACCCAUAUAGAUAUUGAUAUGCGCCUUUAAAAAUACUUUCUGAACGGUUUUGAUGUUAUCUAUAUAGCAGGUAUGGAGACCAUACCACAGUAGAGCGAACCAAAGGGAUUUAGAGGAGUCUAAAGCAAUGUGAAGUAAGUUGGCCUCUAUUGCAUACAACAAAUCCAAAGAUUCGCAUAAACCUGUUUACCAAUUCCGCAAAAUGUGUCACAAAAACUUGUUUUAGAAUCCAAGAAAACACCUAAGUCUUUAAUGUAGUGGCGGCCUCGAUCUCGACUACAUCAGUGCUAUAUUGGUUGUAAACCAUACUCAACGAACGACUAAAACUAAUACUACAGCAUUUUUUUACAUUGAACGCGAGACUAUUAAUCUUAGACCAUAUGCAAACAACUACACUAGCUAUAUCAUUUAUAAACAAGUUAAAAAAGAUGGGUACAGUGUAAGCAAUCAAUUCACUGUAUCAGUCCAGCCGCAAGGCCGAUAGCACUUAGCUUAGAGACAAGAUCCACAUGACCUACACGGUCAAAGACGUUCGAAAAAUCAGUGAAAACACAACCCACUUGAUCAAGCCUCUCAAAGACGUUCAAUAAAAAUUGCUGGUAGGUGAGUAAAUUUGUUACGGUAAAUCUACUGAUUGAUCUAUCUAAAAGUUCUGAGAUCCAUCCAUCCAUCCAAUAAAAAACAGUCCACCCGGCGUGUUCUAAGUAAUCUUAACAUCAUGGUCAAUUUGUUUAGUAAGAAUAACCGACAAAAUACAAAAAGCAUUUUCCUAUGAAAAAAUUUCUAAGCGUUGACCAUCCGCAAUAUUAGUGAUCGUUGUUGCCAAAUUUAAACAUAGCCGUUAGAAGUUAAAGGUUGUUUUAUAUAUUGUAUGUAUUUUAUCGCCGCACGUAUUUUUGUAGCCCGCGCACAAAAGCAAUGUUGCCGCUUUGGCAGAUACCCCCGCCCCGCCCUCUGCGCGUGUGUACUUACUUUCCAGCGUUACCAAAAAGUGAUAAUUAUUCGUAACGUUCCUCUCUCUCUCCGAGGCCGUGUUAAAUAAAAACAAAUUACGCAACAAUUAUAAUUCGUUUUAUUUGAAAUCGCCCGGUAUUACAAUUUUCUUUUUCGACUGCGCGUCGUGAUAAGGAACACUCUAGAAAGAACGUAUGGCACAAAAUCGUAACGAAUUCGCUUUGGUAUGUGUGAUGGCACCUAAAAUCCUAAGUCAAAAACUAACAAAAUACAAUAGAGAAACAAUAUUCUGUGUAACGCAAACGUAAUGGUAAUAUUCUUUGGUAAUUGACCGUCGAAAGGAAAACUACAUCUAUACACACGACAUCGAUAUACACUAAAAUCGUAUAAAGAAGCUUUGGUUUACAAAAUGGAUAUCGUGGCAAGAAUAUUAAGCUACCCACCAAAAUUUCACUAUCCUCCCCAAGAAAGUGGCAUUUGCAUUUGCCAGUGCCGUGGGAAAUAUCAAAUUCUAAAAAAUGUAUUCGACAAGGUUGAGGUGAACUACUUACUAUACCGAAUUUAGUCGUAAUAAUUAGUACUUUAGAUCCUAUGGCAAGCUUUUAAAAAAAUGUUAGACGCUUUGUACCGUUUGUGUGUGUGAGACAAGUGUCAGUCUGUCAGUUCCAGCUUGGUUCUUAUAACAAAAGGGUUUUGAAGAAAUGUCUUCUAUCGUGUGAGACCAUCAGUCCAACAAGAAUUUGCGAAAGCUGAAGGGGUUGUUUCAAUGGACACCUCGUUUUUUUAUAACAGUUUUGUCCCCUUGAUAUUUCUCACAAUGUGAAGUUGAAGUUGACCUGUCGCAGGCCGCAAAGAAGUCUAGUUAUCAAAAACUAUACUAAGUCGCCAGCGACAAUUCACUAUUUGAAAACUCUCCUCUCUUGCCGUCAACGAUAGGUCAAUGUCAAUUAA